AUGGCAAGGUAUCUUUGUAGGUGCUUUUGCGCCUAUCAUCUCUCCCUCUCUCACGUCCCCCGGAAAGAAAAUCGUCAUGCAGAUGCCCUCGCCCAGCUAGCCAUUGGAGGGCCCGGGAAAGGCAAAAAGAAGGCAAGGAUUGAAGUGCUUGGACAACCAAGUAUCAGCAAGACAAUCUCUGAGAUAUUCAUGGUCGAGGCAGGACCCCGAGAGCCAACGUGGAUGGACCCCAUAAUCGAGUUCAUGAAGGAGGGGGUGCGCCCGGAGGACAGGCGGCAGGCACGAAAAUUGCAAUCGAGAUGUGCUAGGUACACCCUCAUGAACGGGAAGCUAUACCGUAGAGGUUACAAUCUCCCAAACCUCAAGUGCGUGACAGAGGAAGAAGGAGAAAUGAUCAUGGGAGAAAUUCAUGAAGGGGUGUGCGGGAAUCAUUUUGGAUCCCGGUCGUUAGCACACAAGGCGCUACGCACAGGGUUCUUCUGGCCCAACAUGGGCGCCAUGGCAAAUAAGAUGUCGGUGGAGGCAGAGCCCCUGGGGAAGAUAACCACCGAGUGUGUGAAGAAUUUCCUGAUGAAGAACAUCUAUUGCAGAUUCGGAGUCCUGGAGACAAUCGUCACGGACAAUGGUACACAAUUCAAUAAUCACCAUCUGAUUGAAUUCACGAAGGACAUGGGUACCAAGAUGGUCUUCGCGUCGGUGGCACACCCGCAGACCAAUGCAACAGAAGCAACGGGAGAAACUCCUUUCAGCAUGGCCUUUGGCACGGAGGCUGUUUUGCCAAUUGAGACAUCAAUACCAUCAGGAAGGGUCGAAAAUUUCGACGCCACAACCAAUGAGGAGGGUCUCCGUUUGAACAUUGAUUUCAUCAAGGAGAAGAGGGAGCGAGCAGAUUUACACAACCAAGUCUACAAGCAACGAGUUGCACGUCACUAUAAUAAUAAAGUCAGCACCAUAACAUUGGGACUGGGGGACUGGGUAAUGAAGAAAAUUAUGACCAAGACGGUAGCCCUGGAUCCAAAUUGGGAAAGGCCGUACGAGAUAGUUGAAGAGGUCGGCCCAACAACUUUCUUUCUCCGAGAUCAGGAUGGGAUAGUCACCGGGCGCUCUUGGAAUACAGAGCACUUGAGAUUCUACCCCGUGUGA